AUUUAGAUGUUAAUAUAUUAAAAAUAUCAAGUUUGAGACCAUCAAUCCAUUCAUGUUAUCAUGUAUGUACCGGAGUGGUGCCUCUUGAACCGCACUGUGCGUAUAUCCCAGUCUUGACUAUAUAUUCAAAUUUUUUUGUUCAAUUUGGCCCUUGUCGCUCAGUUAUUAAGUCUUGUAAAUACUUCACUGUCCAUAACGUUAUAGCAGAGCUCCUGCUUUUCCAGACAUAUUUUUGUGUGCUUCCCAAGGACCUAAAUUGGAUUAUGAUUUCGGUAAUGUCUGAGGGUGGAGUGUUGUAUUGUUGUGUUGCAGUGGGCUCUAGCUAUUGACAGUUUGGAAGAGGGACAACCUGGCUCGAGCAGAAGUUUUGGUAUGCAGCAGCGACCUGAUGGUGAUAUUGAGAUUGAUGAGAAGUUCUGGGAGCAAGAUUUUGACAUUCCUGGUUGCAGUCAGUGUGGUGGAGUGCUAAAACCUGAUGUUGUGAUGUUUGGUGAUAAUGUUCCAAUAGAGAGAGCUGAUAGCGCUAAGGAGGCUGCAAGAAACUGUGAUGCUCUUCUGGUGGUUGGUUCAGCGGUAAUGACGAUGUCUGCUUUUAGGCUGGCAAGGCUUGCACAUGAAGCAAAUGCUCCAAUCGCCGCGAUUAACAUUGGGGGCACGAGAGCUGAUAGCAUUAUAUCUUUGAAAAUCAAUGCGAGAUGUGGGGAGAUACUUCCCAGAGUACUUCGGAUGGGAAGUCUAGCUGUACCAAGCAUAAGCUGAACAUUUACAGUGUUUGGAGAAAUCAGUUACGAGGGAAGAUGGGUGAGACAUAUAUAAGUACCUGUAGAUCAUUCUGUAAACAGGUCAGAACUUCAUAUGACCUUCCGGUUUGUGUUAGAGCAUUAUCAUGGUUGUUGUAAGUGUAAAAUCAUUUUUUGUGAUGACUCAUUAGUUAUGUAUCCAGGAAAAGUAGACCCAAGUUUAUCAUCUAUAUAGUUCCUGUUUUUUUGGACGA